AUGGCAUCCGAACAACAGAAUCCUCUGCCAGCCCACCUGGACCCUGCAACGUAUCCCCGUACCCAGCACAACCCAACAAAAAACAUCCACCUAACAUUAACCUACACACCCCUCGACGUGAACACCUACCUCGCACAAACAUCUUCCCCAAAAGCCGGCGCGAACGUUCUAUUUCUCGGCACAACACGCGACACAUUUGAAGACCGCCCUGUCUCGCAGCUCAGCUACACAUGCUACCCACCUCUAGCUUUGAAAACGCUGACGGCUAUCGCCGAAGCUGCUAUCGAGACACACCAGCUAAUAGGCGUGAGCAUUGCGCAUAGAAUGGGUGUUGUGCCGAUUGGGGAGGCGUCGAUUGCUAUUGCGAUUAGUGCGGGACAUCGGGGUGCGGCUUGGAGGGCUGGAGAGGAGGUGCUUGAGGCUUGUAAGGAGAAGGUGGAGAUUUGGAAGAGAGAGGAGUUUGUUGAUGGGGGGAUGGAGUGGAGAGCUAAUGCUGAUCGGGAUGCGGAGGGGAAAUUGGUUUCUGGGGAUGGUUCUUGA